AUGUGGGGACUUCGCUCAUCGACAUUAGGAAACAUUUUUCUCCUACUCUCAGUUGCCAUGAACUUUUCAGUAAGCCAUGUUUCAUCUGCUAAACAAUUUCAAAAUGAGACCGAUCGCCUGGCUCUGCUUGAAUUCAAGGAUCAGAUAUAUGAUGACCCGUUUGGAGCGCUGAAAUCCUGGAACCAUUCACAGCACCAUUGCCGGUGGGAAGGAGUCACUUGUGGUACUCAACACCAAAGGGUCAUAGCCUUGACUCUGAGGAGUAAGCAGUUGUCUGGAACCAUAUCUCCUCAUGUCGGAAAUCUGAGCUUCAUGAGGUCCAUCCAACUUGGGGACAAUCAAUUCCAUGGUGAGAUUCCCCAAGAGUUCGGUCGCCUCUUCAGGCUGAGAGUCUUGAACCUGUCAAGUAACACAAUCAGUGGAAAAAUCCCAGCAAACUUGAGCUACAGCGCAGAGAUGAUAAAUAUUAGCCUAACGGGGAACAAUCUAGAAGGGAAAAUCCCGAUCGAUCAGCUGAGCAAUUUGAAGAAGCUUGAAAUUUUUUAUCUUGGCCAGAACAAUUUGACAGGAGAGAUUCCCUCUUCCAUUGGGAACCUAUCUUCAUUGAUCAGAAUUGGUCUCCAGUACAACAAUCUGGAGGGAAAUUUGCCCAUGGAGAUGGGGCUCUUCAAAAGGUUGAAGUAUAUAGGACUUCAUGGAAAUAAACUAUCUGGUAUAAUCCCUGCCUCCAUCUUUAAUAGUUCAGACAUUACUUCCAUUUCAGUAACAGACAAUUACUUUCACGGCAAUCUCCCAAUUAACAUGGGUCUCACCCUACCAAAUCUGGGAGAAUUAUUUCUUGGGAUAAAUGAGUUCUCUGGAAACUUUCCCACUUCAAUCACCAAUGCUUCUGGGCUUGAGGAACUUGAUCUUUCCAGCAAUAAGUUCGCAGGCCAAGUUCCGGCUAAUUUAGGAGAUCUGACAAAUCUUCAAAGAUUAAAUCUUGAAAGAAACCUCUUCGGCGGUAAUUCAACUGGAGACUUAGAUUUUAUUGCAUCAUUGACCAACUGCAGUGAUCUAAGCCUUUUUUCAUUGAGUACCAACAAUUUUGGAGGUAAUAUACCUAAAGUCAUGGCCAAUCUCUCAAAUCAACUCACUACAUUGUACUUGGGAGGAAACCAACUGUCAGGAACCAUUCCACAAGGAUUUGGAAACUUUGUCAACCUAAUUCGACUUAGCCUUGAAUUGAACUAUCUUUCAGGGGUCAUUCCAAGAGAUUUUGGCAAAUUACAAAAUUUGCAAUUUGUGCGUCUAGACAAUAAUCAAUUUUCAGGACAGAUAGUAUCUACCCUAUGUAAUGCUACCGCUCUAUACUAUCUGGACUUAUCAUUUAACCAGUUUGAAGGGGGCAAUAUAUUUGACAAUGUUCUUAUGAACUGUCAAAAUUUGCAAUAUCUAGAUAUAUCUCAAAACAACUUCACUGGAAUUAUAUCACCACAUUUUCUGCAGACGCACUCAUCACUGAUUUACAUGAAAAUAGGUGAGAAUUCGUUUAGUGGUUCUCUGCCUCCGGAAGUUGGAAAGCUUAUACAUUUGGUGGAUUUCAAUGUUUCCCACAACCAACUUGCUGGAGGUAUGCCCAUAUCACUUGCUGACUGUGCAGAUCUGGCGACUCUUUUUAUGCAAUCCAAUUUUUUCCAAGGAACAAUUCCACCAAAUUUGGCUUCUUGGAAGAGCAUCCAGAAAUUAGACCUUUCAAGUAAUAACUUGUCUGGUCCAAUACCCAAAGAACUUGAGAAGCUUCAGUUUUUGAGCUACUUAAAUCUUUCCUACAACGACAUGGAGGGCGAGAUACCAAACAUAGGAGUUUUCAGGAAUGAAAGUCAAAUAUCACUGACUGGCAACAACAAACUCUGUGGAGGCAUUCCAGAAUUGGAGUUCCCACCUUGCCCAGUGAUUAAGGGGAAAACUAGAGGAAAGCUGAAGGUUAUCAUAUUGCUGUCCAUUGUUUUACCAGCAGCGCUUCUGGUUCUCGGUGCAUUGUUGUUAUAUUUCUUGGUAUAUCGAAAAAGAGAAAGAAGAAUGGUGGCCGGAUUCUCUAGCAUGCCCACAAGAAUCGAUGAGCUCUUACGGGUUUCUUACCAUGAACUUCUUCGUGCAACUUCAGGAUUUUCUUCAGAAAACUUAAUUGGUUCAGGAAAUUUCUGA